AUGGCUUAUGACAGGUAUAUCGCGAUAUGCAAGCCGCUCAAUUACCACUCCAUCAUCACGCCUCGGAAGGUGAUGAAAUUGCUUGUUUUUACCUGGCUUUCAUCCAUCUGUGAAUCUGCUGGUGUGGCGGCCCUGGUAGCCAGGCUGCCCCUCUGUGGAUUCAACAUCGAAAAGAUUUACUGCACAGCCUGGGCCGUGGUAAAGCUGUCAUGCGUGGACACCACUAUCAACAACAUAUACGGGUACAUUCUCAUGUUUUAUCACAGUUGCCAAUCAGUGCUGGUUGUGAUUUCCUAUAUUUAUAUCGUCAGAGCAUGUGUGCGAUCGCCGAAAGAACGAAGUAAGUUCAUGCAGACCUGUUUGCCCCAUUUAAUAUCACUGUCCAACUUCUUCAUCGCACUCGGUUUUGACCUCUUUAACACUCGUUAUGGUUCCACCAGCCGUAUGCAGGCUCUCCGCAAUUUCAUGUCCCUGGACUACCUCAUUGUUCCACCGCUCCUAAAUUCCCUCAUUUAUGGCCUGAGACUCAACCAGAUCCGCCGGAGAAUCUUUAGAGUUUGCAUCCAGAAAAUACAUGCUCUGAAAUAA